AGGGCUAAACAGAGCCCCCUGUUUCUAGGGUUUUGUUGAUUCGAACAGAGAAAAAGAGAAUAACCAUGCCAGAAAUCGACAAGAAUGGCUGAUAUCACACUACAUGGAUCGUUUUGAUCGAAUCGUCCGCGCGGUGGCGGCUCAUUCACCACCAUUUCCUGCGCGUCUCUACUCUCAGAUCCCUCGGCGCGCCCAAACCAGUUCUCCAUUCGAUCCGAUGCUCCUCCUGGCGACGAUGGCGACGAUACUCGCCCCCAGUCCCUCUCCACGGUACGCUCCAUUCCUCCCCCCUCUCCUCCUCCUCGUCGUCAUCACCAUCGCCAAGCUCGCGCUCUCCACCCAAGACUACAACGAGCAAGACCAGCUGGGCUACAAGUGCUCCGCCUCUCCAUUUUUCUCCUCCUGCCCGGCGCAGCUCGUGUUCCUCGCCAAAAAGGGUCGAUCUCUCCAAGAUAUCUCCGACCAAUUCAAGGCACCAGUCCCGGACAUACUCUCCUCGAACCCCCCGGAUUCGAUCAACGCCACCUUCUCGAUCGAUCAGCUCCUGCUCGUGCCAGUCCCCUGUUCUUGCAACUCCACCACCAACAGAUCCUCCGCCACCGUCAGCUACAAAGUCCGCCCCGGCGACAUUUACUUCUCCAUCGCCAACGAUGUCUUCCACUUCCUCACCACCGAUACCGCCAUCGAGGCCUCCAAUCCCGGAAUGAUCCCCACGAAUCUCGUGGUUGGCAGCCAGAUCCAGGUGCCGCUGCGCUGCGCCUGCUCGGAUCGAGUUGGCCUCCACCUCGUCACGUACGUGCUGGGCGACGUUGAUCGAUCGCCCUCGAUCGCGAGCGUGGACGGCGAGCUCGGGGUCGAUGAGAAGGAGCUGCUGGAAGAGAACCGGCUCGAGAACACGAAGCUCCAGCCAGGAACAACGCUGCUGGUUCCCGUGAGAGAUGGUUCCACGCUCAAACUGCCGGCCGUGCCGGCGCCACCGCCACCGCCAGCUGAUGCUCCAGCGAUCCCCCCGAAGCGGGGCUCCGGAUGGAAGUUCUAUCUCGGGAUCACGAGUGCCGCGGUGGGGAUCUUCCUCCUGUUCCUCACUGCCAUCUCCGUGGUCGUGCUCAAGCGGCGCCGCAAGGUGGCGGGGAAGAUGGUGUCCGACACUAUCGUUCUCCCCAGCCAGGAUCACAAGCUCUUGUCGCCGCCGUUCUUCUCGCCCAAGAACUCGUCCACUCGACCCAACGGCGCCAAGCUCAGCAUGCCCGACGUGCUCGACGCGGUGAAGCCGACCUGGUACUCGCUCCAGGAGAUCCGCGACGCCACCGGCGACUUUGAUCCGGCUGCCAGGAUCCCGGGCUCCUCGUCCAUGUACGUGGCUGUUCUUCGCGGGACCAAGGUGGCGAUCAAAAAGGCCGAGGACGGCACCACCAGCACCCGGGUUCUCUGCCGCGUCCACCACGCCAAUCUCAUCGCGCUCGUCGGCGCUUGCCACGACGAGGACACGAACCAGACGUUCCUCGCGUAUGAGUUUGCCGAGAAUGGAUCGCUUCGCAAGUGCCUCGCUGCCGCUCGACGAUCUUCGCUAGAUGGUGGUGAUCCCUCCUCUCGAAAAUCGUCGCCAACUGGUGCUUUCACUGCUGCUCCUCUCGAUCGCGGAGUUAUCCUCGGCUGGAAGAUGAGGCUGGCGAUCGCGCUGGAUGUGGCCAGGGGGCUCGAGUACCUCCACAACUACGCGCGGCCGGGCUUUGUCCACAAAAACAUCCGGAGUAGCAACGUUCUUCUCGACGCAGCGUACCAGGCCAAGAUCUCCAGCUUCCAAAAGGCGAAAGAAUCGGAGAAAUUCCUCGGCCCCAGCGCUCCAACCGAGGAUCUUAGCACCACGAUCGCCAUCGACAGCCAUAGCCAGGGCUACAAGGCCCCGGAGUACCUCCUCCACGGCACCGUCACCACCAAGAUCGACGUCUUCGCGUUUGGCGUCGUGCUGCUGGAGCUCCUGACGGGGUUGGAGCCGAUAAUCCAGCCAUCGGAGCUGCGUUCUUGGAAGAAGAAGGGCCUCCCAUCCGGGAAGAUCAAUCCGGUGUUCCUGUACGAGGCGAUUUACUCCGACUUGGACCGGGAGGCCGAUUCCCUGCUGGAUUGGAUCGAUCCGGCGCUGCUAGAGGCAAGUGACCCUGAUUUCUCGGUCCAGAAUGCCGCGACGCUGGCAUUCCUGGCGAGGACUUGCCUGGAGAUGGAUCCAAAGAAGCGGCCGACGAUGCGGGAUCUCGCGUGGGCGCUCUCGCAAAUGCGAGACUCUCCUCCAGUUUGACCUAAAAUAAGUUUAGGGUUCU